ACCUAAAGUUGUUGGGGCAUUUAUAGCAUUUAACACAUGCCCUUAUCCAGAGUGACUUACAUAUUAUUAUUAUUAUUAUUAUUAUUAUUAUUGUUGUUGUUGUUGUUGUUGUUGUGGUUGUCAAGGUAUUGAUAUAUAUUAGUUUCUAUCCCACCCAUCUAGUAUCAACACAACCAGCCACUGCACAUGUUGGUGUUUGAGUAGUUAUUUAUUUAUUUAUUUUUUAAACAAAUUGCUAAUUUAAGUGCUAAAUGAAAAUGUGUGUAUUGUGUUUGCAAGGACAUAUCAUAUGAAUAGCCAACUCGUGAUAUUCAUCGAAUUUUGGUUUGCAAGUGAGGUGAAGUAUAAUUUAGAUUAGUUUUAAGGCCAGUUUGCACUGAAUGUGCUUCUAUUUUAACAAGCCUUUUAAAACUACACUGGUUACGACAGAGGUGUGAUAGACACCUUUUCCACUCAUGCUUGUAAGUGAAACAUAAACUCAAUAGAAAUCCAUAUAUCUUACAAAAUAACGUGUUCUGUACACUGUAAACACACGUUUAUUUAUAAGAAUGCCAUGAAUUCUGAACAUUGCAAAGCGUUUAUAUGUUAUGAUAAUUUACACAAACAUGGAAAAACAAAAUAAACACAAAUAUACUGGUCCCACUAUUCCACAGUUUUAUGAUGUUUUUAGAUGAACUGUUUUGUAAUUGCAGACUAAUCAUUCCCUAUUGGUAGUAACACUGUAUAAAAUGAUUCUCUUUCUCCUGUGUGCUCUCUGGCCGGUUGCCCUGGCGAAAGUUCUGGCUGCUGAGGUCCUGAAGAAGACCAAAACAAGCAACGUGCCAUAUCGUGUGGCAAAACCAGGCAUGAGGUGUAGAUGCCCUGGAUUGAGCCACAAAAGUGAGGGAGACAGAAAAAGAGUGUGGACAAGACCAUAAAGGGAUCUUUAUAUCGUUUUUAGCACCUUUUGUCUUGUGAAAGUGGAUAAAAAUUCUUCAGCUGUGUGCCCCCCUUGAAGCUCUUCCUGUGUUGAGGGGUGUGGUGCAGAGUGGUGUGUGUGUGUGUAUGUAGGGAGCAUCUUGAGAGGCAGGAGAGUGCCCAUCAGUCUGAGUCCUCCCUCUGUCCACUAUUGCACCAUGACCACUGCAGUUCAGCCCAACGAGCUUGUCUUCGAAUUUGCCAGCAGUGGCAUGGAUGAAAUCAACCAGAGGGUGGGAGUGUGUGUGAAUGCGCGUGCUUGCAUGCAGGCAGGAGUUGCAGGAUUUUGCCGCAGUCGCGCCGGUGCUUCCCGGAUAAAUGAGGGCUCUUUUGGGCCGUCAGGUAACGCCGCACGCGCAGUCAGGGAAUGGUGGCCUCGCCUGGAUUCCAAUCUUCUGAAAACAUGCAAGCUCGAUGACCCAUCUGUGUUUCCAGCGGUGAUCGUGGAGCAGGUGCCAGCUGCUGACCUCAUGCAAGUGUACUCAGGGUUGGAGGCUGAUGAGGUCACCAAUGGUAUCAUGGUAGACACCAUGCAGGAUGUAGUGGAGGAGAACAUUAUGGUGGGAGAUGUAGGGCUGUCUGUAGAGACUCCAGUCUCUGGAGGAGAAGAUAAUGUAGAGACCAUUGAGGCAGCUGAGGCUUUGCUGAAUAUGGAGUCUCCCAAUAACAUCCUGGAUGAGAAACGCAUGAUUCACACAUAUGGAUCUCUGCUGGAUCCAGACCUGACCUACAUAUCUUUGCGGCCGGAGCAACUUAAUGCUGACUGCAUAGAUGUCUCUCUGGAUGAAGAAACAUCAUCUAUGGAUGAAAUUCCUCAGAAGAGUCCAUCCAAACCACCUAGGAAAAAUAAAGUGCGCAAACCUAGGGUCGUGCGCCCUUGUUCCCCCAUCACCAAUCCCUCUCUCCCACUGAAGAAAAAGAGUAAAGAAGGAAAAGGUAACACAAUUUAUCUGUGGGAGUUUUUGCUGGCUUUGCUGCAAGACAAAAACACAUGUCCCAAAUACAUCAAGUGGACACAGAGAGAGAAGGGUAUCUUUAAGCUAGUGGACUCCAAGGCUGUAUCCAAGCUGUGGGGAAAGCACAAGAACAAGCCUGAUAUGAACUAUGAGACCAUGGGAAGGGCUCUCAGGUAUUACUACCAGAGGGGCAUUCUUGCCAAAGUUGAAGGUCAGAGGCUUGUGUACCAGUUUAAGGAGAUGCCUACAGACUUGGUGGUGAUUGAUGAAGAUGAUGGGCAGUGUGGAGACUCCAGCCCUGGUUUUGGCAGUCAGCGCUCCAACUGCCACAGUCGUGUCAUGAGCCGUGGAGCAUUGCGUGCCCAGGGCAAAGGGUCAGGCCACGCACAAACUAAGGCAGUGAAGAAGGAGCCAGGUGCCAGUGUGCUCUACCAGAAUGCCAAAUGUAAACAAAGUGAGCAGCUUCUGCAGACUGUACAUGUGCUGCAGCCAAACCAGGGGGCUGCUGUUCCUGCUCCUGCACACACACUGAGAGCCAUUAACAUGCCUGCCACUGUUCCCAUGGUCCUUACAUCCGGAUCGCAAGGAGGAGCACCAGUCACACUGCAAACGGUGCCCCUAUCUGUACUGGCCAACAGUGACUCUCUGAAUGGUCUGACCCGUGUGGUUACACUCAAUGCCAAUGGGCAGCCUGUGGUAGCGCAGCAGCCUGGUACUGUCAUUGCCACUGUGCUAAAGCCUGGAGAGCUUCAGAACUUGCAGGUAAAAGAGGAGAUCCUGGAGCCACAGUUCCUGCAGUCGCUGGUCAAUGGCAAUCCAUUCUACAAGGAGGAGACGGAUGGGGAGUCAUCUGAGCUUGGCCAUAGGACUGUGAUUGUUGGUGUUGCUAGCCAGGGCAUGUGCCAGCUUACUAACGGACACUCAGAGGCAGGGGCAGAGCUGGCAAGCAGCCCCAGUGAAGGUCUAACCCCAGUGGAAGAGCUGGAGGUGAAGAGCGAAAUUGCCGGAGCCAAAGAGUUGCUAGAUUGCCCGCAAGUGCCUAUUGCUGUGCAAAUACCCACUUCCCAGUUCAUCCAGGUAAAAACAGAGCUCUCUGAGACCUAAAAAAUUAACCAAGGUCAGGAGACCACAGACUGUGCUUAAAUAAUUCAGUGAUAGUCACCUGAGGACAAUUGUUUACUCACAAUAUUGUAAUAUUGUGCCUAAAUUUGAAUAUUAAGGGAUAUAAAGAUCUACUGGCUGGCUCUGUGGCAUCAUCUUCAAUCCAAUAUGCCAUCCUGUAAUCAGAGACCAGCCAUUUAUUGGACCAGGGAUUGUUCUGCCAUGUGCCAGUUUCUUAUUAUGUUUCAUCUCCUUAGACUUACCUGCAUUUUUUAAUAUGCUCCACCUAAAACAGAGCCAACAGCACAUUGAAGUGUUGACACAGAGCUGCUAUGGAACAAAAAUAACCCAAUAUAUCGUAGGUUCAAGAAUAUUUUCACUUAAAAGGGGUGAAGUGUUUGCCUGUGGUUUAUUGAUGUCCAGACUGAAAGAGUGCCUUCUGUAACUGGCACAAAUGGUUGGAAUUAUUAUUAUUUCUUUUUAUAUCUUAGAUUUGGUGUGAGAAUAUGCUGAUGGAAAAAUGUUGUUGUGGACUACAGACUUUGCCUAUAAAACCACAUGGCUGAGACCAGGUUAUUUUCAAAUUAUAUUCAAAGAUUCCUAAAGGAUUUGUCGUGCUACUGUGGAAAUGGGCAUUUCCUGUCAUAAGAGAAAACUUAAUUAGACCUUUAUAUAUUUAUUGAAUACAGAGACAGUACAAUGGCAAAUUCCCUAAUCAUCUGCUACAGAAGCAGAGUAUUUCUCCAUUAUUCCUUAAUCAAUUUUAUAUAAAUCAAAUGUCAUAUAAGACAGAAUAUACAGUAUAUAAAUAUAUAUGAUAUAUAACUGAGUUUAUGGCCACACAUUUAUUUAUUUUGUGAAUUUCUAAAUUCUGUAUAAAAGGUAAUUUUUUAAAAUUGUAAUAAAUAUUUGGAUUAUGCAGUGUAAUAUAUAUAUAUAUAUAUAUAUAUAUAUAUAUAUAUAUAUAUAUAUAUAUAUAUAUAUAUAUAUAUAUAUAUAUAUAUAUACACACACACACACACAUAUAAAAUAUGUUAUUUCAAGCUACAUGUUAGUUUUAUUGCAAGUUGUAUAUUUCAGUUCAAAGCCUUCCAUGUCCUUGGCACCCUUUACAUAUUUUAUGUAUUUUCAAUAUAAGGGUAACAUUUUUACAUAUAUAGAGCUUUAUGAAAUUGAUCUCUGCCUUGGUAUCUAUUGUGAUGUUUUUAAAGCCUUUAUUUUUACAGACCUUAUUUCUUUCUGUUUCUACUCUGACAUACUCUUACUCCAUCACAGUGAGGCAAAACAAAAUGGCCCCAUUUACACGUCAUUAUUGUAGACAUCUUGAAUAUCAGGAUUAUAUGCAGAGGAUAUUGUGUAAUAUAUAUAUAUAUAUAUAUAUAUAUAUAUAUAUAUAUAUAUAUAUAUAUAUAUAUAUAUAUAUAUAUAUAUAUAUAUAUAUAUAUAUAUAAAAUGCACCCAUGAUGCAUUUGCAUCAGUUUUUGUUCCACUUCUUGAGGUGAUACGCAUGUUCUGACACUGGCAAUUUUAAAACAUGUUAGCAAAAAGAAAUUGGAAAAAAUACAACUAUCAUUCAAAAAAUAACUAAAAUCAGCUGAUCUGCAUAUUAACUCACAAUACAGCUAUCAGGCUUCAGUCCGGCAAACCAGAGAUCCAAGGUUAAAUACUUGGGAUUAAGAUCUUAUCAGGACACAAUGCAGACACACAAUGCUCAGGGUAAAAGGUAAAAGGGCUCAAUCAUUCUCCUCCUUCUUGAAAAUAUCUUCAAUGCAUUUAAAAAAAAAAAACAUAUUAUUGGGUUUUAGACCUAGUUCUGUGCCUUUUUAUAUGAGUUAAAUAUAUUUAUUCGUAGUCUUCUCACAUCUAAUGUAAUUUUCUAUCUAUGGCAUACUUUCUAAGUAUACCAUCUAUAAUCUCUGAGACAGUUGGUUUUAAUAGCUGCCUCUCCCCUAGCAGAUAGUGGGCAUGUUGUAGCUAUAUUGAUCCUGGACUCAAUUUGUGCUAAAUUAGUUGCAGUCAGGAGUGAGCACAGAUUCAAUGGUCUGAAAUGCAGUAGCUGCACUGGGCAUGGAGUCACAAUGGUCUGACAAUCAAGCUUACAAAUUAUGUGAUGCUGAUAUGAAAAUCAUUGACAUUCAUGUGAUGAAGAAAUUAUCUUACCUAGUACAUUGUGCAAUAAAGAAACAACUGCCUAAGAACUUGCUUUGGGGUAAAUGUAUACCAGCUCUCUGGGGUAAAUGUAUCCCUGCCUGUUUCUUAACCUCAUCUGCUUUUGGGGGCUGUUUUCCAUAUGUUCGAUGUAGUUUUGUUUUUAUUUUUUAUUUUAUUUUAUUUUAUUUUUUUACAAUAAAAAAGAUACAAUAAAAAAGUUUUUUAUUUUA